AAAAAGGGAGCAGUUUAUUGAAUCGAAUUUUAAAAAAAGUUACUCCAUUUUAAAAGGUGUUAACUCAGUUUUGUUCUUUACUGCAUAUCGUCGCAUAGUUGUGAUUAAUGUAGCUGUAGCAUUUAGUAACAAUACAUAAAAUUUAUUUUGAUUUACAUAAAAUAUUGUAAAUAGCAUAGUUUUACGAGUGAUAUGUAUGUACUUGGUUCGAUUUCUUUUAAUGGGCAAGCGCCGUUGUAAGAAUUGAAAGGAAGCCUCUUCAAAAGAUAGAUGUCGCCUUGGUAACCGGAAAGCUUCUAGAAGUAAAUCAAGUUUCAGCAAAACUGUGUCGUAGAAUAAUAAUUCUAUUUGUUUAACGUAAAGUUUCCUGUCGGGUGAUAAAUAAAUACAGUAAAUUUUCUUGCCGUGCCAACAUCGUGAAAUACAUUAGAUAGAAAGAAGUGUCGCCUUUGAUUCAUGAUGUAUUUUCGAGCGACGCCGCAGCCAUGAUUGUUUAGUUUCGGGGGGAUGAAAAGUGAACGCGAGCGAGGGAUUUGAAUGAAACGCGUACGAACAUAACGUGCCGACUUAUUUCUGUGUUUAACGAGCGUGCCGGUUACUUCAGAGAUAUGGAAAUUUAGACAUUUCUUUGAAAUGUGGUUACGAAGUGAACAUGUUAGAAGAAGACUGCGUGGUCGCUUAAACAUAAGCAGUAUAUCCAGAUCAAAAAUUUCAAAUCAUCGAAUACAGUUUAGCAGUCUAAGGAAACUUCCAUCAAUUGGUAAUAAUAGUCAUCGUAUUAAUAAACCAAACAAAUGCAGCAGAUUAACACGCUGGAGACGUAGAUGCACACAUUUCCUGAAAGAAGCUUGUAAAGAAAAUGUUUUACAUUUUGCGAAGUCUACACCUAUUAGACGAGAGAGAGGACCUCGUAGAAGAAAAUGCAUAAAGCGGUCAAUGGUUACUUCAACUCCGUUACAUCGAUCAUCUCAAAAAGAUGCAGUUGCUCCAUCAAAAUGCACAACAGUAUCAAAAGUUUCUGAAGAAUCUAAAGAAAACUGGAAUACAACUAUUCUAUCCUUGUAUUCAUCGAUUUUGAACACAGAUACAUGCUGUUCCUCAAUAUCCACUAUACAUGAUUUCAAGCCUUCCAUUCCAAGUGUAUCAUCACUGACAAAUCUAAUGCCUCCAGCAUCUAUAGGAUCACACACAGACCUUUCAUAUGCAUUAGAUGAUGAAGAAAAUAAGAAUAAUGAUUCCAAUUCAGUUUAUUACACUGCUCCUUGUUUACAAACAGACACACCCGAUGAAUACUAUAAUUUAAUACAUUCUACAUCUAUGUAUGGAACUCGUACUUUCCCGACAGACAAGUAUUUUCCAAAUGGAAAAUACGCACUUAGCAACAAUAAUGAGAAUAGCAGUAAUUUAUCGAAAAAUCAAUAUUCACUCGACAGUCACUCACCGAAAUAUGAGUCAGGGUUUAAUACUACGAAGUAUAAUGCAUCAACCAUGUACAGUAUAAAUCAUCAUCAUUCAUCUGACACAAAUGGGAACGUUACGGAGAAAUAUGAUUCCGAUGAUAUCGAUAGCGAUUACCAUGAUGGUGAAUAUAUGGAGGUCGGAAGCGAGGAAAUAGUAGAAAGUUGCGAUGUAGAGAAUAUGGUUACUCAUGUUCAAGAAGACUGGGAGCCAUUCGACCCUUAUGUCUUCAUCAAGCAUUUACCACCCUUAACCCCGGCAAUGAGAGCUAGAUGUCCUGCUCUUCCACUUAAAACACGCAGCAGUCCAGAAUUUAGUCUAGUAUUAGAUUUGGAUGAAACGUUGGUUCACUGCAGUCUACAAGAACUCUCGGAUGCAGCGUUUCGUUUUCCAGUUGUCUUUCAAGAUGUAACAUACACGGUGUUUGUCAGAACACGACCAUACUUUCGUGAAUUUUUAGAGCAUGUUUCAUCAUUGUACGAAGUCAUUCUUUUUACCGCGAGUAAGCGUGUUUACGCGAACAAGUUAAUGAAUCUGUUAGAUCCGACAAGGAAAUUGAUAAAGUAUCGUCUGUUCAGAGAGCACUGUGUUUGUGUUAAUGGAAAUUAUAUCAAAGAUCUGUCUAUAUUGGGUAGAGAUUUAUCCAAAACUGUUAUUAUUGAUAAUAGUCCUCAAGCAUUUGGAUAUCAGUUGGAAAAUGGUAUCCCUAUAGAGAGCUGGUUCGCUGACCGUUCGGAUAAUGAGCUAAUGAAGUUGUUACCUUUUUUAGAGAACUUAGUAAGCUGGGGAGGAGAUGUUAGACCACGUAUUAGAGAACAGUUCCGGCUUUUUAGUUUUUUACCACCAGAUUAAUUUAGGUACUAAGCACAAAAUUAAUGUGGAAGUAUCAGCCUACAUAGGUAUCUAUAUGUAUGUACAUCUUACAAAUGCGUGCAAUAAUACACGUCAAAAAAUUAUAUAAUUUGCAAUAAUAAUCAUAUUUAUAAGUACGUCCAAUGAAAAAGAUGUUUAACAGAAAAAAUAAUUGCUUUUGCAAGGAUAUUGAUAUUGAAUUCCAAUUCGAAUAAGAAUUCACAAAAUGUUAAUUCACUCAUGAUGAAUUUGCUUGUAUUAUAUUGUCCGAAUAUGGAUGAUACUUCUGAAAGAAGUAUUUCUUCCUAUAAUUUCAUCUAAAUUGACCUUCAGUACAAAAAAAUGAUUGUAUUCAUUGUAUUUAUAGUUGAUUAAUUCAACUUGACUGUGUUUUUAGCAAACCUGUCUACUGUCUGCACAAAUAACGUCAGCUAUCUGUUGAAAUAACGUCUUAAAACAAGUUCGUGUUAUGGUUUGUCACUAUUAACCUUUUUUUUAUUACAUAUUUGUUUACUAUAUUGUAGUGAAAGCUACAACGUCUUCGACUCAAGCAUAGUCAUUAUAGCAAAUAUGAUCUCAACCUGAUUACCUUCAACCCUUUCGUUCUUAAAGAUGACUAUAGUCACCCUUAAAAAUUAUUGAUAACUCUAUUUGAAUUUAUAUCAUUAAAAUUUAAUUAUAUCGACACACAGUUAUCUAUAGUUCGUCAUAUAGAUAUUACAUAGAUAUAAUUUGAAUGAAAUUUCAGUGAUUCGUGUAAUACAAAAAUGCUAUAGAUGUAAGUCCAUUGGAACGAAAGGGUUGAUCAGUGUAUUCAAACUAUAAGUGUUGAAGCUUUAGUUGAGCACUACAAGUAUAAAUCAAUAUAGAUCGCAGGUUAUUUGAAUGCAUAUGUAUUUCUAUUCGUAAUUCUAUGAUGAUUAUGAAUACACAAUAUGUAUGUAUCUGUAUGCGCGUGAGUGUGACAAUUAUAUUAUUAUAACUACACCUAAUAAAAUUAUAGAGUUGCGUGUAAUCCAUAGAGACGGAGACCUAUAUCAAAACAAAACAUCCAAGCAAAAUAAUUUAGCAGAGUGAGAAGAAUGUGAGAAUUUAUAUCUUGUAGUCCUUGCUAUACUUCAAGAUCACAUAAUACAUUUCGCAUUACGAA